UACUCAGGGUUGUAUCAUUUCAUAAAUGCCUACCUCGUGGAGUUCGUCAACCCCCAUCAGACCCAUACCUUUUCAAUCUCCGAAAAAGCUCUCCCUCACGGGAUUUUAGCUCUCCGGUACUAGUCUACAGAACAGUUUGUAGGAAAAUGGCGAAUGGUUGCAUGGAUUGCCGGCGCAGAGAGGAAGAUAUGUACUGGUCUCAUUUCCAAACGGUCCAAUUCUGUCAAAUUCUUUCUGGGCAAUUUGAUCAGAAGCUUAAUGCAGGCUAUACCGAAAAAGUUCACUAACAAUGUGAGAGAGAAGUUAGCUGGAACUGUAACUCUGAAAGGUCCAAGUGGGCAUAUUUGGGAUGUAGGAUUGACCACAAAUGGUGAUACAUCCGUUCUCAGACAGGGAUGGAAAGCUUUUAUCGAAGAUCAUUUUCUAGAGGAGAAUGAUAUUUUGAUAUUUAAAUAUAACGGAAAUUCAAGCUUUGAUGUUUCGAUGUUUGACCAGAGUAGUUUGUGUGAGAAAGAAGCUUCAUAUUUUGUGAAAAAAUGUGAACAUACAGAAAUUGAAUUGGGCUGUAAGAGAAAGAGAAACACGCCAAGAAGGACUGAAGAUACUGAUGAUCUUUUCAAUGAGUCUUCCGAUGAUGUUGUUGAAUACCAUCCAGUAAAAAAACCUAGAAAUGAUGCUGCAAAAACACCGAUGUCAUCAAGACUUGCUACUCGAACUAAUGCAAAGCUGCUGAGAGGAAAAAAGAACUCAUUUGAUGUAGAGGUAAAACGAGGUUCUAGCAAUAGUUAUGGAUAUCAAUUGCAGCUAACAUCUCUUAGAAGGGCAGUAACUGAAGAGGAAAAGGAGACGGCAAAAGAAAAGGCGAAGGCACAUGCAGCAUCAUUGGAAAACAGUUUUAUUUUAGUAAUGCGACCGACACAUGUCUACAAAGGAUUCUUGAUGUGUAUCCCUUCUGAGUGGUCUAGAGUACAUCUCCCUCAGAAAACUCAACAGGUUGUUAUCCGCCUUAAUGAGAAAUCAUGGAAGGCCAAAUAUCAUCGGACAGGUUUUGGUGGCAGACUGAUUAGUGGUUGGAAGAACUUUGUUCUCGACAAUUUCUUAGAAGAAUUUGAUGUGUGCUUGUUCCAUCUAGCCAGUAGAAUAAAUGAUGGCGUCAUUCUUGACGUAAGCAUUUUCCGAGUUGUAGAGGAUGUGAUUCCACCAUCACGUGUUCCCCGGGCAUCUCAAGGUCGUGUUGUUCGUGGGAGGCUGACCAAGACUCUGAGAAACAGAGCGAAUGAAGCUGAUGAUGAAUGACUUUGGCAUCUCUGAAUCAUAUUUUGGUAUAGCUAGCUGGUUUUGGAAUGACAUUCAAGUGUCUAAUGUUUUGCUUCAUGUUGGAGAAGUCCUUGCUUUCUUUUGGACUGGGUUACUCUGGAGCUUUUUAUUAAGUGCUAACUUGUUUUGUAUUAGUUGUGGUCUCUGGGAUGUGCCUGGUAGUGCUAACUUAUCAAAAAUGUAACAAAAAAUAGAAUUUCCUCUAAUUUAUAUUGGAGGUUAAAUUACAA